CGGGGCUACCACUAUGUAUAUACCACAGCCAUCGUGGUUUCUAGCCAUGACCGGUUUGAGCUGAGCUACGCGGUCCUUCCUCGCUUUAAACACUGCCCGACCUGUCGAAUUUAAGUCCGUGAAACCGCCUCCAAAUCUGUUUUAUUUUGCCUAUUUUGCAUAUCACAAUACAGCCUCACAUCUGGAUACGGCACAGGCUGAAACAGACAUAUCAUCUCUCACUCUGAUGCAUUGUUGCGUAAAAUAGAAAUGCAGUUAUAUUCCCGACAACAUGAGUGCACAGAAGCAAAAACAUAGGCUAGAUGCAUAAAAUAAUUUAAAUCAGAAUAUCAUUAUUUUUUUGGGGGGGGGGGACGCAGCACACAUAAAGGGAUUGCUUUCGAGUUUUAUACACUGGCGAAAUCAGAAGAUUUACAAGCUGUCCACCACUUUCUGAAAAGCGGUGUGUUGGUGUCUCAGGAGGACAGGGACCUGGAAACAAGCAGAUAGGGAGCAGGAGCUAUAGGAGCUACAGGGGCCACGGUGUCUAUCUGCUCCUCAGUUCCCCUGUGAGGCUGUCUUUGUGUCAGGGAUCAAGAGACACUGCUGGAGCUCCCAUCGAGGCCUGGAGCAGUGCAGGGAGUGGAGAUCCGGGCUGGUGGGUGAUAGGUGUGAAGAGCGGCAGCUGCGUACGGAGAGACGGAGAGCGGGGAGAAGCAACAGACACAGACUCUCUGACAAACUGUUUAGUGUGAGACACUGAGAGACUCACUGUGGAGCAGCGACUCUCCCUCUGUCUGUCGCGCUGGGAGAGUGUUCUCUCUGAGCCAGCGUGAGCCAGCCAGCACACUGAGUGGAGCUGAGGCCAGCAGGGUGGGGACGGUGGCAGGAAACAGCGCAUGGCAUUGGGGGGGCCGGGUGCCCUCCAUCACCCAGCACCGGGAGGGGCACUGGGGUUGGGGCUGGGUGUGGGGCAGCCCUGGAGGGGCGAGGGUCCAAAGGUCAGGGGAGCUGAGGCCCAUGUUGACAGGCGGGACCAGCGUGGAGCGGGGUGGUCGGACGGCAGGGGCCAGGGCCGGCGGAGGGGGCAUGCGGUGCUCAUUGAGGGUGUGGGUUCUGCUGGGCUCCCUGGGCCUCGUCUUUCUCACCUCCCUCUUCUUCUCCAUCUCUCUGAGGGGGGGCGUUGGCCUGCCAUACCUGGAGCCCCCCGGGUGGGAGAAGUCCAGCCGAGUAAAGCUAGUGCCCAACUACUCUGGUGUCCACCAGCUGGGCCCACUGGAGAGCACCCAGCAGCAGAAGACAUGUGCCUGUCCCCGCUGUGUGGGGGACCCUGGGGUGUCGGACUGGUUUGAUGAGAACUACGACCCGGACAUCUCCCCUGUGUGGACACGGGACAACAUCCAGCUGCCUUCAGACGUCUACUACUGGUGGGUGAUGCUGCAGCCUCAGUUCACCCACACUAUCCAGCAGGUGCUGUUGCGACUGUUCCAGGUGAUCCCUGGCCGCUCCCCCUAUGGCUCCUGGGACCCCGCCCGCUGCCUGCGCUGUGCCGGUGGGAACUCUGGCAACAUGCGCGGGGCCGGUUACGCCACCAUAGACAGCCACAACUACAUCAUGAGGAUCAACCUGGCCCCCACGCUGGGCUAUGAGGAGGAUGCAGGCAGCCACACCACCCACCACUUCAUGUACCCAGAGAGUGCCAAGAACCUGGCAGCCAAUGUCAGCUUCGUCCUGGUGCCCUUCAAGACCCUGGACCUGCUGUGGAUCACCAGCGCACUCUCCACUGGACAGAUCCGCUUUACCUACGCCCCUGUGAAGCAGUUUCUACGGGUGGACAAGGACAAGGUUCAGAUCUUCAACCCAGCCUUCUUCAAGUACAUCCAUGACCGCUGGACCAGGCACCAUGGACGCUACCCUUCCACAGGCAUGCUAGUCCUGUUCUUCGCUCUGCACGUGUGUGACGAGGUGAAUGUGUUUGGCUUUGGCGCUGACAGUCGAGGCAACUGGCACCACUAUUGGGAGCAGAACCGCUACUCUGGAGAGUUCCGGAAAACAGGGGUGCAUGAUGCAGAUUAUGAGGCCCUGAUCAUUGACUCGCUGGUUAAGGCUGGCAAGAUCACCAUCUUCCCAGGAAAGUGACGAGGGCUGAAGGUGUGGUGGGCUGGACAGGUUUACAGGAACACUAGAACACCCAUCACCACAAGGCUUUUUGAUGUUGUCAUCUGCUUCUUUGUGCUUUGCAUAGAGAGGGAUCCAAAACAGUACAUUAUACAAUGCCUGCUAAUCAUGUUCCCAUUGUGCAGGAUGGUAAGAUGAUGGUGGUUUUGGGUCGAACUACAUGUGAUUACACUCUGCCCCCAACAGGCCUACUACCUCCAUAGAAACGACAGAACUAUAAAGGGGGCAGAUAAGUCUGGCCUAGCCACUGUAUGGACCUGUGAACCAGUCCCAUCCACGAUCCCCCCUCUUGCUCAGCCAUUGGGAGUUGAGUCAUCACACGCCUUGGGGGUCUCACGCCCAGAGACUCAGUCCCCUCCCACUCUGUCGCCCCCACCGUAAAUACCAUGACAACCAGUGAUGGUCACUGAGCUAUCCCUGCCAUGUCCACACUCACCUGCAGAGCUGCUGCUAAAGCCCUCUCGCUAGCCACACCUGCAUGGAGCUAGGAGUACUAGGUAAUUGAAGUUUACAUGCUUUCAAGCCCAGAGGCUACUUCAAAAUAAGAGUCCCUGUUGUAAUUACAUGACUAUCAUCUUGAAGGUAUGUAGAGCCCACAGGGAUUUGACCACAUAUACGGUAUUAACCGUUUUAUUUGUGUUAAACAUUUUAAGUGACUAAUCAUACUGCUGAUUAGGUAAAUUGGGGAGAGGCUUACACACAGUCAACAACACAAGCAGACACAAACACAAACACAAGCUGACAUACAGAUAAGACUAAAACCACUCACUCAUUCACACAUAUACUGUACAGUGCCUUCAGAAAGUAUUGCAGCCUGAAUUCAAAAUAGAU